ACUUGUAAGGCAGAGUAUGCUCCCGUAUUCCUGAAUCUCUGGAAAUGAAUCACACCAACAGUAGUUUCAACACACUAUUUAUUCAUUUACAUGCCUUAAAAACAUGAUUUUGCAUUCAAAUGAUCAUCCAAACCUAUAACCUAUAUAAUGUUUUUUUAUAUAUUUUUUGUCUCCAUGGCUUGUUAAGCGUCGAAAUUGUCUUGUGAGAACAUUUUCUCCAGGAUUGUUGUAAAUAAACCUGCACGAGAAAAGUUGAACAAAAGAUCACAGAUGUUCUACAGAGUAAAAAUACUGAAAAAAAAGAAGAAAUGAAAAAAGGAUAUGGUACACCGGAAUUUGCAGUAUCACCCACCCCGCACUGAUGACGUUUGCCUGACCGUCUAAACUUGGGGUCGCUAUUAUUCCCCUUCCGUGUGUCACACCAUUAUCAGUCCCCCCAAAAAUGACAACAACACCAUAGGAAGAUUCGGCAGAAAAGACGAGGGACGUUGGGGUGGAGCACCAUUGCCAACACAAAGAUACAACCAAAGGAGGAAAUAGUUUUCGAUUCGUUGUCAUUGGGUGACAGAAAAAAAGAUGAACUGUCGCUUACUAGCUGCUGAUUUUCUGCCUGUUCAGCGCACCGAGUGACACCCCGUCACAGGAGCCUCCAUGGCGGGGCUGUCUCACUUGGUGCUCCGCUUCUCGGGCACCGCGGGUCGCACCUAUGGAGUGUUUUCUAAAGGCUUGACCAGGACUUUGAUGAUAUUCUUCGACCUGGCCUGGCGACUGAGAAUCAGGUUCCCUUACAUCUACCUUGUCGCCUCCAUGAUGUUUAACGUCAGACUCCAGGUCCACAUUGAGAUCCACUGAGGCGUCGAUGACUCCGCUCGAACCACACGCCAAGCGUCAGCUCUGCUGCCUGGACGGGGAUAAUGACGACGCUUGCACUGCCAGCCAGGUGACGAAGGGCCCUCAGAUCCUUUCCUCGGGCCUUCAGGCAACAAGUCCAGUGCCUUUUUCAGGGGGAUGGACAGCAGCGACGGGCCCACAUGAGGGCUGAAAGGAUCAUGCUUGAGAUUUAGGCUGCUUGUUUUUGUUUUUUUCCCAGCAUGACACCCUGCCUUUCGCCCGUAAACAUUCAUUCUUCUUCUGCAGUGCAAUAUCACUUUUAUGGGUCAAUUUUGGACCGGCAGUACAACACCGUGAAAGCAAUGGCUUUUUUUGAACACUUGAACUGAGGUUGCUGACGAGACAGGUGCACUGGCUACCUCACCACAGCGCCCCCUACUGGAAGCUUUCAUUGAAGGAAAGGCAACAUGUUAUGGUCACAUCGUCCUCACACUCACUGUUGUAUUUCCGCAUCUUGUCGUCAGUACUGGAAGGGUGGCGUUCACAAACACAAUCACGUGCAUUUUUGUUGUCGUUUAGUGUUUAUUUCUGUGGCUUUGUGUGAGGAUAAGGUGGGACAUUGAUGAAGAUGAAUUCAUUUGUAAAGCAAUAAAUUCAUGAAAUCAGAUGCCCCAGCUUUUUAAAAAAAUAUGUAAAUCUAACAUUUUAAAGGCCUUUAAAUGAAAUACAAGUGGUUUUGAAUGUGUAUAAUUUAUUGUACAUUGGAUACUAGCUAUGGUCAUGAGCUUUGGGUAGUGACCGAAAGAACAAGAUCGCGGGUACAAGCGGCCGAAAUGAGUUUUGAAAUGAGGGUGGCUGGGCUCUCCCUAAGAGAUAAGCUGAGAAGCACUGUCAUCUGGGAGAGACUUGGAGUAGAACCGCUACUCCUCCGCUUUGAGAGGAGCCAGAUGAGGCGGCUCGGGCAUCUGGUCAGGAUCCCUCCCGGACGCCUCCCUGGGGAGGUGUUCAGGGCAUGUCCGACCAGUAGAAGGCCUCAGGGAAGACCCAGGACCCGUUGGAGACGCUAUUUCUCCCAACUGGCCUGGGAAUGCCUCGCGAUCCUCCAGGAGGAGCUGGACGAAGUGGCUGGGGAGAGGAAAAUCUGGGCCUCCCUGCUCAGGCUGCUGCCCCCGCCACCCGAUCUUGGAUAAGCUGUUGAAGAUGGAUGGGUGGAUACUAGCUCAAGGGUGUACAAAGUAUUGUUUGGGUGCAAUUCAGGAUCCGCAGCUAAUUUGUUCUUGGCCCGCAGAGGGUUCUAAAAACCAAAUAACCAAAAAAUAUCAUAAUGAGACAUAAUACAUAAAAUUACUGUGCAUAUAUAUAUAUACAGUAUAUAUACAGUAUAUAUACAGUAUAUACAUAUGUGUGUGUAUAAUGAAAAAAGGAGGGUUAGAUGAAAAAAGAUCACAUUAAGUUUACUAUGUAAAUCAUGAAUUUGUAUAUUUUUUUCCAAAUGAAAUAAUAGAGGUUAGGAAAGAAAUCACAAAUAUUUGCUUUGUCUCCUAUAACAAUGCAGUGAUGUGGGUUGUUUGUGUGUUUAUUAUAUGUAAUAAUUAUUACUAUAUUUAAAAAAACAAAAUGGAAGAGUAUUGCAUGUACGUCAAUGUUCUUCAAUUUGUCUUAGUGGCAAAAGUUUGUACUACCCUGCUCGUCUUAAAUGUGCUGUAAAGCCAUAUGUGACCACACGGGGGCGCCAGCCUAUCAAAUACUCGCUGAAACAACAAAGCCGCCUUGCAGAUGUUGACGGACAACUGAGAGAAAUUGUCACUAUGAUAGCAACUUGUUGCCGUUCUCCUUGAAGGGCGCGGUCUCAAAGCUACCUGUUAUGGUCCAGACUGGGGUCUAUCAUUGCCUUUUCUUUUUUUCAUCAGAACAUUUUCCACUUUGUGACAUCCUCAUUCAACUGAAUGUUCCUAGCAAACUUCACUCUUGAUGCCAGGCUGCGGUGUAAAAAAGCCCAUCAGAGGUUGCCAAGGCGACCACAUUUCUAACUGGUGACUGACAAACCUUCCCUCCUCCUCUCACUGGGGGAAAAAGAGGAUUUAUUUCUCAGGGAUUUGCCAGAGGAAAAUAUUUUAAUAUAGUUAUCACACAGCGCUGGCACACACACACACACACACACACACACACACACGUACACACACACACAGAUCUAUAGAUGAAGGAUAAGUUGUGUUAUGUUUACUAGCCCCUUUCCCACCCUGCUUCUGCUAACUGCCUUUUGUAGCCUCAGAAACAAGGGGGCGUAGGAUGAAGAUUAAAUGAGUUUUAGCCUUUGGCAGCUCAUGUGUUUUAAAGGGGAGCAGCAAUUCGCUGUGCUGCACUGCACAAUGCAAUUCCCUUUUUCUCCAACGAGGAAUAAUGUGAAUUAAUUGGUACCUUUAAAACUGAAAUACAGAGAAGUUAAGCACUGUAUAAUUAAAGUAAAAUAAAGUAAAAGUACAGUACUCAACCUUUGGAAGGUGUUUGCACUCUCUCCUAGUGGCGUUUUAUAGGUAUUGUUUUUAUUUACAGUAUUGACCCGAAUGUACGACGAAAAUGAAAAAUGA